CUAAUCAAAAAUGUUUUUUUAAUUUCUCAAAAAGAAUUUUCAUAAAAAUUAUUUUUCAGUUUAAAAAAAUAGAAAAGGAAAAAAAAUAUUCUUUUUUCAAAUUCAAAUUUCUAUUGAUUUCGCGCCAUUUUGAAAGUGACGCCAUUGCGCAAGCGCAAUUGUCAUUUCAACUUUUCAGGUUUGUGUAGGUUUAUGACACUUUUGACAAGUAAUAACAACAAUAUUUAAGUUUAUUUGGAAAUAUAUUUAAGAAAUAGAAAAAUAUGUUUGUUUAGAGAAAUUAUUAAUUAAUAUUUCGCAAAUGUUUGGGGAAAAAGGAGUAAUCUACGGAUAGUGUUUCACUAUAGAACAGCUUUAAUGAUUGGAACUGGUAAAAAGCAAAAAUUAACUCUACUAUUUACGUUUACACAGUUUUAUUCAAAAACCAGUCAAAUACUUUUUUAUCCUAUAAAGUGAAUUAUUUAUCUAAUCUCAAGAAGAAACUGAAGAAUAAACCGCAAAUUUUGCGGUUAAAAAAUUAAAAGGCAAUGGCCGAUAUUAUUGGUGAUAAUUCACUGAAUAAUGAAGAUGAGACAAGAUUUGCAAUUGAAUUUAUAAAUGUUCCAUGCCUCGAGGAGAAUUGUGAUAAAGAGAAAGAAUUGAAAAAAGAAUUUAUAAAUGAUGAAAAUUUAAUUGAUGUGUUAUGUACUGAUAAUCAAAUUAAACCUUACAAUUUGGAGAAUAAUGGAAAUAAUCCGCUUGGAGAUGAACAGGAAAUUGGAAAUGAUAAUGUUAAUAAUGAUGAUGAUCGUAUUGAUAUAGAAAAAAUUGAAAUUGAUGUUAAUAAAGUAUUUUUAAAAGAAUCAGGAGAGAAAAAAUGUAAGGAGAAAAAAUUUCGUUGCACGUAUCCUGGAUGUAAAAUUAAAUUUGCCAAACCUUCGAAACUAAAGAGGCACCUUUGUAUGCACACUGGAGAGAGACCAUUUGUGUGCAACUUUAAAGACUGUGAUAAAGCUUAUACGAAUAAUUCAUAUUUAAGGAGACACAAACUUACUCAUAGUGGAAUAAAAGAAACAUUUUUAUGCAAAUUUUGCAAGGCGACAUUUACGACGCAACAUAAUUUAAAACGUCAUUGUUCACGAAUUCAUGAAAAUCCCUUGGGACAUGAAAAAAAAUGUGACGAAUGCCAUAUUGUUUGUUUAACGAGGAAAUUAUUAAGCAAACAUAUGAAAAAGAUACAUAAACGAAAUUUGUAUCUUUGCAGUUUUUGUCCAAAAUCAUUUUCAGAACCCUGGUUAUUGCAACGGCAUCUCAAUACAAAUAUGCAUAAAAUAUUUAUAUGUAAAAUUUGUCAAUCAUCUUUUGAUAAACAUGCCGAUUUUCGUGAACAUAGAAAGGAGCACAUUGUCGUCUAUAAAGAGUUCACCUGCGACAUUUGUAAAUCGAAAUUCAAUCACAAGGGUAAUUUGCGUCUUCAUUUAAAGGGACACGAGAGUUCAACUAUUUUUGUUUGCUCCUACGCUGGUUGCAAUCGUGUUUAUAGUUUUCAACGUAAUUUAGAUACGCAUAUUGUUUCAUUUCAUUUGGGCAAAAAAUGGGAAUGUCAUUUGUGUCCAAUGAAAUUGUCAUCGAAACAAAAAUUAAAUGGUCAUAUUGAAAAAAUUCACAUUAAUCCCAUACCAAGAAAACCACAGCCAACGAAGGAAAAUCGUAAAAGACGAUGGGAUGUGGGAAUACCGAGGAAAAGUGCAUUAACAAAAAUUUGUGGCUUAAUAUUGCCGAAUGAAGCGGAAAAAUUAAUUAUUUAUCGGGACAUUAAAUGUGAUCGACCAUAAAGAAAAAACAAACAAUUGUGUUCAAAGAGAAGAUGAAAGGAUAAAAAAAGGGUAAAUUAUUUUAUUUAAAUUUUUUUAAAGUUCAAAAAUAUAUAAUAUAUUUUAUAUUUUUUCUAUUAAUUAUGUUUUUUAAUAUAUUUUUUUUUUUUUAAUUUAAAACAUUUUAAAUUAUGAAUAUUUGCCAAAAGAUAUCAAACACUUAGAAUUUCAUUUGUUUAAACUUUAAAGUUUACAUUUUGUUCUCAUUUUAUUCAGUUUUUUUAUUCAAUGUUAAAAUUUUAGAAUUCAUUGUCUAAAUGAAUUAGAUAGUCCUUUAGAUUGCAAGAUUAAAGUAAUUUUUAAUUAUUGUUUGAGUUCUUUAAUUUCGAUUUUUGGGGGGAUUAUUUUAAACUUGGAAUUGUAAAUAAAUAACUGAAUGUACAUAUUAAAAAAAGUAUAUAUGUAAUUUAAGUAAAUAAAUUAAUAGCAUUGAUACGAGAAUUGAAUCUCAUCGUGCUUAUUUUUAGGGCAAGUGUAGUUAAUCAGCUAUUAUUAUUAUUAUUAACAGACUGAGACAAAGAUAUUUAUGAUACUGUGCAGGUACAAAAACAAUUC